CAGAUCUCCUCUGCAGCCCUUAGUAUCACAAGAAUUCUUCAUGUAGGUAGUUUUGAUAAUAACUUUAUAUUAGGGGUUAUUUGUGAUAUUUCCAUAUAUAAUACAGAUUUGUUGUAUGGAUAAUUUUAAUACUUAUAAUACACCAGCAGCCAAAGACAUGUGACAUCAUCAAUAGAACCUGAUGACAUCACAGAUGGUGGUCGGUUAUACCACUGCACGAUAUAGGAAAACUCUUCACUUUCUGUUAGUUCAGAUUGAAAGCGCUUAGUUUUUCUGAGAGUGAUAUCUAUUUCUUAUUCUAAUAUGACGAGCCCAACCCUGGCUAUCCUGCCAUUGUUUUGGGCAAUAUGGACCUUCGUGGGUGUCCUGACCACCUUCACCAUGACCAUCAUACAAGGUCAUUAUCGAACAGGGAUCAUCAGCAUCAGUGACACUGGAGAAUAUUAUCCCGAAUCGAUCGUGCUGGCUAUAGUGUCCACAGUAUCUACUCUGCUAGAGGCCGGUAUUGUUUAUAUCGUCUACAAAUCGAUGGAGAUCCAGGCUCUGAAGAGAAGCUUUUGUAGAGUCACCUGUCAAACGUGGAUGCUGACAUUUGGGUGGAUGAUGUGCAUCGGAAACCUGAUAACCCCAUUUCUACAGGAGUUCGUCCGGACUUCCGGCACCGACGUCAUGUGUAAACAAUGCGCAGAACAAACUGCGCGCGGACUUCGUCUCUGUAAGUACUUGAGAAGCUUACCGCGCAUGUGCCAGAGUUUAAGCUGCGCGUUCUCAACUGCGCGAGAACUUAGCUGUUAUACCGCUUACUCAUUGUAUAUGUAUGGAUAGUGCCUGCGCACUAGAAGAUGCGCAAACACUUUACCAUCAC